UGCAUUAAGAAAAUAAAAUAAAAAUAUAAAUUUUUGAAAAUUUUAUAUGUAUAAAACUUGAUUUCCCAAUUUUCUUGAGUUUGAAUGUAUCCGGCUGCUUUCAAACAUUUGAAAUUGGCUGCUUGAGUGAGUAUCAAAGAUACUGAGCUUUUCUUGUAUUUGGCAACAAUCUUCAUCUAGUGAGGCUUUUGAUUACUCAUCUUCAAAAUGUAUUGGCCAUCUAUAACGUUGUUCGCUUUCCAAGUUAAAAACACCACUUUUGAAUCGUUCGUUCAGAUAGAGCAUAUUCACCAUAAGCUUCCCGCAAAAUACGAAGACUUUCUGCUGAACUUUUCUCAUAUUAAAGUAAUGAAGAAGAAAACACACAAAAACCAUUUUUAGGCGCAAUGAUCGACAUACAUAUUUGAUAAAAAAAAACUGUUGUUUAGGCUUCAAGCUUAGGCUUUUUGUAAUUCUUGCAUAUAGUCCAAUUGAAUCAAAUUUUGAUUGAUCCUGUAAGAAUUAAAUGACGUGAUCCGUUCCUGUCAUUCAAAAUCACAGAGAUGACGACGUCGCUAACAUUCUCAAUAAAAAAUUUAUAUGUACAUACAUAUUUUAUAUUAAUUAUAUAGCAAUAUUCAUAGCCCAUUCAUGCUACAUGUGAAAAACUCAUGCAACUAUGUUUGUGCGUGUGUUUAUACAAGUGGCUGAUACGAGGUGUCAAAAGUGUAUCAAUGUACACUAAAAUCGCAAUAAAACGAAGCCCUUAUGACAUGGCAGAUUUAUAUAUGUAUUUAUGUAUUUAGUAUAUAUAUAUGUAUGUAUGUAAUUAUGAAAAUUAGCUGGAGCUGGAACACUUAUACACUCAUAUAUACAGUGAUGUGUGCGAAUUUUCUUUAUAAAUGCAGCAAAAGAAUUUUCCAUUUAAUAAGUUUCUAUGAAUUAAUUCUAAAAAUCGCACUAAAAUAUGUAUUUACCGGAGCCACUUAGAGCAGCACUUCCAAUAAAUGUUAAUAUCAGUUUAAAGCACAAGUGCUAAAAUGCACAGUCAUUGAAACCACAAAUUAAAUUUUGGCCAAAAUAAAAUUUGAUCAAUACCUUUACUUACCGAAUUUCGAAUUGUUGUUGCACAAAUUUUCCGCUGUACGCACAGAUAGGCAUCGCAAAAUAUCAUUAGGCUACAAUUUAAACAAACUCGUCAAUAUCCCAGACGCACAAAUUCUGUGCUCUAGUAGAGUUUAGUCGGCCAGCAUUCAGUGUACUUGUGUUUUACUUUCGCCCAAUAUGAAUUGGCAACGCGUUUUAGGCAUAACCAACGGCUUCCUGCUGCUCACCGGAUUUCAGCUGCACAGCUUUGAGGUCAAAACGCAACGGUAUCACAUAUCCCUGUGGGGUCUCGCAAAUUUCACCGCGUUAACACUAUUCUACAUCAUCUGCUUUAAUCAGCACUUCACGCACUCGGCACUGUUAAAGAUUUUCCACGAUGUGUCACCGUUUUUUUGGCAACUAAUACGCGCGCACCUCUUGCUGGGACUUAAGAUUUAUAUAUACCGAAUUUUUACUAUGCCCGCGGUGGGUCGUGCUUGCAAUGGCAUUUCAGCCGUUUGCACACGUGUGUUUCCGCAUAAAUUCAAAUUGGAGGAGGCGUUUGCUUACAUCUUGGUUUUCUCCACUUUUGCGAUCUCACUUUGUUUUGCUGUAUACAUUGCUUAUGAAAUGCAAUUUGAAUUGCCCCCUUGGGAUAAUAUUUUCGUAAGUUUUGGUCUAUUCAUUCCGCAUUUCGCUUUAGCCGGCGCUUUAAAGCUGUAUACAGUGAAUUGCUGGUUAUUGCGCGAGGAAUUGAGACAGUUGAAAGUGGGGCUGCAGGACAUGCUGAUGGAGCAAUUAACAACUGACAUCAAGACUGUAGAAAACAACAUUGAAAUGUCAACAAGUGUCAGCGCCACAAAUGCUUGUGUCAAAAUACCAACAAAUAAUAUGCAAAAGGAGUUGGCGCAAUACCUUAAAUUCUUUGAGCAGUUGGCUGCUGAAGUGGAGCUUGUGAGUGCUGCAUUAAGCAAAGAUAUGCUGCUGCUAUUGUUAAUGAAUAGCAUCAGUCUGCUGGCCGGUGUUUAUGCACUUGUGUACUUCCAAACAAGUUGGCACUUAUUGUUCUCUCCCCCGUGGAAGCGUAUUUUCUAUGCUUCUAAUAUUGCUAUUUAUGUGCUCAUCUUCUGGGAUUAUACUUGUUUGUGUACAAGUAUAUGGCUUCUCAACAAAGUGAAAAUCCAAAUACUUGAUGUUGUACAAGUUGCUAUAAAAUCAAAAGCGCAUUUUGAAAAGGCUGCUCGUGCUCUCCUGAAAGAUAUUCGCAGCGCAUUGGCCAUAGAGCUGCGGUUGACUUUGUUCGAACUGGUGGAAGUAAACGUGUGGAGUUUAAUAAUGGUACACGUAAUCGUAGGCAUAAUAAUUUCCCUAGUCGUUGUUUAUCAGUACUUGAAUGAUCAAAUUAUUUCAAUACAUGCUCAGCUGGAUACUGCUGACAGCGAUGAUUAGAAUUAAGACAAACAUAUUAAAAACGUUCAGUGUACCCAUAUAUACUAUAUAUUUGUGUUCUUUGUAAUGAUAAUAACAGAAUAUAAUGAUUUCGUUUUAGUUGAAUAAAAUAAAUAACUACAUUUUGGUUUUUAAUACAA